CUGAGAUCUCUGUUUUCUUUUCUAUCCACUCAUUUUUCUGUUGUUUCAAAAAGGAAAAUUAAGCUCACUCUGAUGAAUUAAUAUCGCCUUCAUCUCUAGGGUAAAAUUUCCUCCUUAACACGACCAAAUAUCGCCAUGUUUUCUUCUAGCAACAGUUACAACCCUUUUCCGUUCGUGAUGACCAACCAAACCAUGAUGACCGGAAACCCUAGCUCCACACCUGGAGAUCAAGCUUCCUCACCAUUCUUUAAUUUUCCGGUGCCGUUUUUUGAUGAUUGUGAUGCUGAUGGAUUGCUCAUCAGUCAGCUUUUCUCACAACAGCCAAUCUUGGGGUCCAGUAGUAAUGGGGAACCAAGUGUGCCUACUGCGGAAGUGAAGAAGGUUGCUGGUAGGAAGAAGAGAAGCAGUGGCGAUGGUGGUACGAAGGUAGCGAUUCCGAGGAAGAGGACGGGGAAGAAGGACAGGCAUAGCAAGAUCUAUACAUCACAGGGGCCGAGGGACCGGAGAAUGAGGCUCUCACUCCAAAUCGCACGGAAGUUCUUUGAUCUGCAGGACAUGUUGGGGUUUGAUAAAGCGAGCAAAACUAUUGAAUGGCUGUUUUCCAAAUCAAAGGCGGCGAUCAAGGAAGUUGCUGAAAAUUUUCCAGGAGUGAAGGAAAGCUGUAACGGCGGUGGUAAGACUACUACUGUCUCGUCUACCUCGGAGAGUGAAGUGGUGUCAGUAGCAGAGGAGACUGAAGACAACGGUGAGCAGAAGGGCAAAGAGAAAAAGGACAAGAAAUCACGUAAAGCAUCAACGAAUGUUACUGUUCCGAGGGAAUCGAGAGAGAAGGCGAGAGCAAGGGCAAGGGAGAGAACAAUAGAGAAAAUGAAGAAAAAAUCUGAUGAAUCAAACCUUAAAGAUGUGGAACAUUUUCAGUCUUCCAGUCCACAUGAAAGUGGUGAAAAUUUGGGUGGUUCUAGCCAAACAAAUUCUUCUUGGAAGGCGGUGAUUCAGAAAGAAGAUGAACAGUACCACCGGCUUCCCAUGGUUCCCAUGCCAGAGCUUCAAAUGGAUUCUGCAGUAAGCAUCAUUGAGAAAUUUCUGGGGGUUAAUACGAUUACACCAAGAUCAUCAUCAAUGGGUAAUUACUCUCAUGACAUUGCAAACUUAAGUAUCAGAGGAAAUUCAGAUGAAAAUAAUUCGGUUUUUAGUGAAAGCUGGAGACUGAACGCUGAUCAUAAGAUGCAAUAUACUUAUUGUGAAAUGACAAACGUGAAGGAAGCUGGAUCAUCAGGUAAUGUUAUCCAAGUACAAAACCCUAGUCCAAUUUUCAUGGCCAACCUAAACACCCAAGAACAAAACCCUAGUUCAGUCUUCAUGAUCCCCUCAAGAGAACUAAACCCUAACUCACUUUUCAUGACCCCUUCAAAUGUCCGAGAAGGGAACCCUACUUCAGUUCUGGUGUCUACCCAAAACAGUGGCUUGCAUUCUCAUUUCCAAGAAAAUCAGUUGUGCAGCAACCAUUUUGUUGCCAACAAAUAUUGCAAUUUUUAUUGAAGUGGUUUGGACUUUGGAAUCUUGCUAAGCAUGUGAAGAAAGAAGAUCAACUGUAGUUUGGCUAUCUCUUUUCAGAUCUCAGUGUGGUAAAUCCUUUGUUUAGUUUUUAAUGAAUAUGGGAGUUGUUGUAUUUCUGCUCAAGUUUGUAAGAAGUUGAAUUGUGGAGUUUGUGCUAACUUUCUUUUAGGUAACAUCAUAAAAUUGUGGUAAUCAAUAACAUAUCAUUUC